AUGGACGAGGCUCUGUGCCGUCUCGGAGGCUCUGUUCGCCGUCAGGAGCCCAGGACGCGAGGUUCCCAGGGCCAGAUGGGAGGCUCUGUCGCCGUCAGGAGCCCAGGGGAGGUUCCCCAGGGCCAGAUGGGAGGCUCUGUCGCCGUCAGGAGCCAGACGAGGGGCCAGAUGGGAGUCGCGUCAGGAGCCAGGACCGCGAGGUUCCCCAGGGCCAGAUGGGAGGCUCUGUCGCCGUCAGGAGCCCAGGACGCGAGGUUCUCCAGGGCCAGAUGGGAGGCUCUGUCGCCGUCAGGAAGCCCAGGACGCGAGGUUUCCCCCAGGGCCAGAUGGGAGGCUCUGCGCCGUCAGGGGCCCAGGGACGCGAGGUUCCCCAGGGCCAGAUGGGAGGCUCUGUCGCCGUCAGGAGCCCAGGACGCGAGGUUCUCCAGGGCCAGAUGGGAGGCUCUGUCGCCGUCAGGAGCCCAGGACGCGAGGUUCCCCAGGGCCAGAUGGGAGGCUCUGUCGCCGUCAGGAGCCCAGGACGCGAGUUCCCCAGGGCCAGAUGGGAGGCUCUGUCGCCGUCAGGAGCCCAGGACGCGAGGUUCCCCAGGCCAGAUGGGAGGCUCUGUCGCCGUCAGGAGCCCAGGAACGCGAGGUUCCCCAGGGCCAGAUGGAGGCUCUGUCGCCGUCAGGAGCCCAGGACGCGGAGGUUUCUCCAGGACCGGCUCUGUCGCCCGUCAGGAGCCCAGGGACGCUAGGUUCCCCAGGGCCAGAUGGGAGGCCUGUGUCGCCGUCAGGAACCAGGCGCGAGGUUCCCCAGGACCAGAUUGGGAGGCUCUGUCGCCGUUCAGGAGCCAGGACGCUAGGUUUCCCCAGGGCCAGAUGGGAGGCUCUGUCGCCGUCAGGAGCCCAGGACCGCGAGUUCCCCAGGGCCAGAUGGAGGCUCUGUCGCCGUCAGGAGCCCAGGACGCCGAGGGUUCCCCAGGGCCAGAUGGGAGGCUCUGUCGCCGUCAGGAGCCCAGGACGCGAGGUUCCCCAGGGCCAGAUGGGAGGCUCUGUCGCCGUCAGGAGCCCAGGACGCGAGGUUCUCCAGGACCAGAUGGGAGGCUCUGUCGCGUCAGGAGAGCCCAGGACGCUAGGUUCCCCAGGGCCAGUGGGAGGUCUGUCGCCGCAGGGGACCCAGGACGCGAGUUCCCCAGGGGCCAGAUGGGAGGCUCUGUCCCGUCCAGCGAGCCCAGGACGGACAGGGCCGAGCCGUUCAGGACGCGAGUCCCAGGCCAGAUGGGAGGCUCUUCGCCGUCGCCCAGGGAAAACCGUUCCCCCAGGGCCAGAUGGGAGGCUCUGUCGCCGUCAGGAGCCCAGGACGCUAGGUUCUCCAGGGCCAGAUGGGAGGCUCUGUCGCUGUCAGGAGCCCUGGACUCAGUGAGCAAACGUGUUACAACAACUUAA